AUGACAGAUCCCUGUGAAUGUAUCUUCAGCCAUGAGGCUCUGAUGCGUCGUCUUCUUAGUGCGGUAAGGGUUUAUUCAUCUCAAUUGAUUUUUGUUUUAGUUGAGGGAUUCCCAGGCCGAUUGUACCGACACGGAGUGUUUGGAAUCGUCCGGAGAUGGCUCUGUUUCUGGUGGUAUGACCCUAUCAAUGUUGCUGGCCUUAUGGGGUGUCAUGGCUGUCAUCUUGUUCAUGAGCCGGCCAGCUUCUUUGAGAAACAACAGUGACCGUGACUUGAAUGAGAAACCUCGUCUGAACGGAGUAAGCUCAUUUAUUGAUUAGUUUUGCAAUAGUCUACUUCGUCGUCUAAUGGUUUAAUGUUGUAGGACAACAAUCCUCCACCGCCUCCCUCGGCCUUGUAA